CGCGGCUCUUAUUCCACUUAAACCGCGACACGCAAUCAUGUGUUUACGUGUGUCUGUUGGUACUGGUUUGGGCCAAUGGUCGUUUUACAGUGCCAGUCUACUGAAAUGUAAUGCCUCUGUUCAACAUGGAUACCUCACCAAGAGUAAUCCUUUAAUGCCGAACGCCGGCCAGAGUGACAGAUAUCCCUACACAUUUGGUAUAACGCUGCCAGGGAUCGAACCGCAGACCUUUGGUUCUUUGAUCAUCCGCUGUACCACUGGAGGAGCUGUUACGCAGAGUGUUGCUGAGCACGACCAGAUUCAACGUGACUGGAUGUAACAUACCUUUGGAAAUCGCAUGUGGUGUGGACGUAAACUAUAACCACUGGAAAUGGAUAGCGGUAGUAGAACAAUUGGAGGUGUGAAGCUGGAGACAAUCGUGUACAUUGGUAUAGCUGCUGACAUUGUCCUGGCUGUAGUGGUGGGUGUUCUCAUCGUCUGGUGGAGGAACAAAUCGAAGAAAAGACAGGAAGCGAAGCUGCAAGCCGCUCGGGAUGCUGCGGCCGACUCCAGAUCGGACUGGGCCACCGACGGGUCAGUGACCCCGCGACAGGUGGACAGACCCACUGGCCAGGACCAAGUCAACCAUCGACUAGCUUCGGAGCGAAUGGUUUCCCGGUCAGUUCGUACAGAAUACACAGACGUGGAGGCAGACUUCGGGUUUCUGGACGACAACCAAUCAGGGAAGAGUCAAACCAGCGGCCGCGUGGUGUCUGGACCUCCACCCCACGUGGUCGGCGCUUCAGAAACACGUGUGUCCUUUCACGACGUCGUCAACUCAGAAGGUCAAGGAGGCGGCGCGUACACGGUAGCCAAUGAUGAGAGGGUGGUGCAUAACCCAUUGUCAGGGUCCCGUAAGAUUGUGGGCACUUUUGAGGAAGAACCAACAGAUGAACAACAAGUAGCAAAGUCGGUUUAUUACACCUACAACGACCCACCAACGCUCCAGCCAUCACGAGACGACCAUGCGGAGGCUUACGAAACAGGUGUGUCAUCUCCAGAGUACAGUCAACCACAGCAGACUUCAUCAACUUAUGAGAGGGAAGUUGAGGAGAGGCACGGGCAUGCUGUUGUCAGCGAAUCGGUAACAUAUGUUGAAACCCGUAAGGAGGAAGAAACAGAUGAACACCAUGUAGCGAAGUCGGUUUACUAUCAUGCAGAUGUUGAUGAAACUGGUGCCCCACCAUCCCCAGAUUAUCUUCAACAUCUUAACACUUCAUCAGCUUAUGAGAUGGAAGAUGAGGAGAGGCACGAGCAUGCUGUUGUCAGGGAAUCCGUGGCAUCUGUUGACUCCAUCCCUGCGUCACCACCACCGCCGCCUCCACCUCCACCACAGCAAGUGGAAGAGGCGGUAUUUGUGCAUGAGGAGUUGAGGACAUCGACCACCAACCACUACUCUACCCUUGACAGCCAUGUCAAGGUCGUUCAAACGGAAGGCGAUGAGGUCCUGGUAAGCGACAUGUCAGAGUGGGCCAAGAUGAACUUUGGUUACGAGGAGCCUGAAAAACGUUAUAUCAUUCAGCUUGAGGAGUGCACGGAGGUCAUGUGAGAUACUGACUCAAUGAACAUUAUGGUCAAUAACACUUAUAUACUCUUUCAAAAAAGUUGCGGAACGUCAGUUGUAAUUUACGAUUGAAACAGUUGGGAGAUCGGAGUCAAUCAGUGUUGAUAUGAUCACAAUGAAUGUUUAGAGAGUGCAUCACCACUUGCACUUCCUUAUGACCAUAGUUGUUUGUACAGUAAUCGCUCUUGAAAGAUUAUUGGUGUAUGACGUGAAAUUUGCAUGUGUACCAUUUUCAUUUUGAAACAAAAAAACCGGCUAGAAACAAACACUAACAGCCGUGUGAUGCAAGAUAAUUGUCAAAAUUAAUGGUCUACAGUGAUUUAUCAACUUUCUUGAAAACCGUUAAAAUCAAGAAUGACACCCCAUGUACGUGUGUGGGGUUAUUGCGUUAUGCACGUGCAACCCAUGCAUUGUGUUUACGGGUGGCGUUAAAGAGAAAUGGUGGUGCGUUCAUAAGAUGCCUGUCUUUGAAAAGUUUGUUAACGCUUAUACUUUCUAUCCAAAUUGAAAGUUCAGGUUCCCCUUCUUUUUUUGAAGAGUAUAUAAACCACGUCACUCCAUCAUACGUACGCUCCUUUCUGCUUUAACAGUGAAGUGUGUCGAUAUACGUAAACGAAUGAAAUGAGACCAGUAUAACCCGCCAAAGUCAAUUUUGUAUUUUGGCCACAUGUGAUGGAGGAACGUAGCAUCUGCAGGAUGAAUGAUCAUAGGUUUGAGAGUAGAUGAUGCUGUGUGUCCACACAGGACGGUCGUAUUGCCAAACAUUUGUCAAAGCGGACCCAUUACGUCACAGCAAAGUAAUGUCUUAGGCUACAUAAAAACAAUUUAUUGUUUCCAAACUAUGGCCCGAACCUAAUUUUUGUAUAUAUUUUUUUGCACUGGUAAAUUUGCGUGUAUAAAGCCGGCAGACUUCCGAAAUCCGUCUCAGCUUCCGGCAUUCCAAGUUUUCGACUAACAUUGUAUAGAAAAUCAGAAACGAAAUUAUUUAAAAAAUAUAAAUAAAAUCCGCCCUACCUUCCCCUGUGAUGAGAAAAAAUGUGAUCGUGAUCGUGAAACUCAUUUUCAGAUUGUUCUUUAAAACAUUGCCAUAAACAUUAGCACUUCUUUUGCCUGUAAAUGUCUCGUCGAGAUAAAGAAUUUAUCAUGGCUACAAUGUGAUAUCUGUGCAUAAAAAUGAGUUGUAGUUAUCACAGAGGUAAAACAAUUAAAUGUACCGAAUGUGUAGAACUUUAUGUACUUAGAGCCGAUAUUUUAUAUUUAGAUUGAAAUGCAAAGUGCUUGUAGCCAUGUAAACUCUUGGCAGCGUACAUCUUAACAGGAUAUUCAGGUAACGUUGCUUCUCUGUUUGGAGUCGAAACUUCCUUGCCUGAUUCCAUCACUGGCGAGCGUACGUUUUCUGGUACACCGCCGUAGUGCUGAAUAUUAUGAACGAUUUAUAAACGUCACUGACCAAUUAAUUCAUUGAAGGUAAGCUAAAGAUGCUUUCAUGCUAAAAAUUAUAGUCAACUUCUGAUAUAAUGAAGUAAUGUAUUGAAAAAAAAACCCGGAUAUACCGAACCCAACAUUUGUCCCGUUGCCGCGUUAAAGGGUUCUCGUUGAGAUUCUACGAGUGCCUCCAGGAAUCUGGGUUUUGGCGCAGGUCUGGGACUACAAGGGACAGGGCACUACACUGUAAUAACAGUGAAAGUAUACCUGUUACAGUAGGGAUGUCCAUGGCAAAAAUUCCGACAUAAAAUCUUCAGAGAAUGAAACUUUAUGGAAAAAUAAUAUAACCUCUUGUAGAUGAUAAUGAGGCUUUAAAGGAUUGUGGUGAGAGAAUACUUCAGAUCAGAUCAUAUAGCUUCCAUGUAGCAUAUGUAUACUUCGUUAUUUUAAAUUAUAACCAUGUUUGUGUAUAUUUGUAUAUGACAAUUAAAAGGCCCCAGAAGAUGACCUUCAGUCAACCGUUAACUGAACGCAAUUCACAAUAGGUGUGUUGUUAACUAUCCUUGUACGCUUUCAUUCUGGUUGUUGAAGAAAUAUCCAGCGUUUAUUUCUUAAAUGAGAUGAAUGCAGUCAGGUAUUUCUGAACUUUUAAUUACCAAAUUAUUAAUUAGAUUAAACAAUAAUAGUUCAAUAGUCUAUUGUGGAGAUAUGAUAUAGAACCGGAAUUACAGGUAAAUUUAUUUUUAUGUUUCUGAUCAAAUGCGACCCUCUCAACACCCUCAUGGUUACAUUGUUUUAAAAUAGUUCUAGAACGGUCUGUUUUUAUUUCAUCAUGUUAUGGAUCGUUUAUCACUUUUCCCCACUUAGCCAAUCAGGAGCAGAGCCACUUUCCUUCGGCAUACCAGAGAAUUUUGAUCAUGGGUUCAAACCCGAUAUAGCCCUAAUUGUUUGUUCUAGGUUUGCAGCACCAUACUACCAUAAUUGUUCAAAGCGGUGUUGACCGACUCCCGCAUUAGACAAUUGAAGCAAAUCAGCAAAAUCGCAUUUUUGUACAUGACAUUGUGAAUUCUCUAUACCCUUUCAAUGUGCUUUCAUAAUUAUCUGAUGUCGAUUUCCUCUUACCCGAGGCUCAUCUAUAUAAACCACACUAGGAGGUUUUAGUGUACGAGUCUUUCAAUGUACAUACAUUAAACAUAUAUUUCUAGAUUAGUAUGUAAAUGUAUUAGUACCCAGCUUUGGUCAGAAUUUCUACAUUAUUUUAAACUGUAAUCAUGCAAAGAAAUUUAAUGUUUUUCUGUUCAUAUUAUUUAAAACAAAUUUUAUAAACUAGCAUUCGAAAGUUCUCAGGAUCGACCAUUCGAUAUUCUGACGGCUGAUUAUUUCGGAAAAUACUAGACAAGGAUGUUGAUUCCCCAUCUUCUGAAUGGUUGCCCCACUGGCAUUUGUUCAGCUAAGAGACUGGAGAUAUUAUGUACAUCCACGUUCCUCGCGAUGAACCUAAAAGAUAUUUUAUGACUUUUUAUACUGAGAAUAAAGAUGUUUUCUGGUA